UGUUUUGCCCCCAUACGAAAUUAACGCCAUCUCAAAGUAGAAUUUCCUCUCUCUCUCUCUCUCUCUCUCUCAGAUUCAAAAGCUUUGAUACCUUUUUUCUCUUUUUGGAGUAUUUGAUUGAUUACCACACUUUUGAUUCAAACAGUUUCGCUAUUUCUUUAUCUAUGGAAGAUAAUCAAUGGCAUGACCCACUUCUUAUCACCGACGUUUCUUGGCAACUAGAACAAACUUCUCACUCUCACUACCCUUCAAUUACAUCGCCGAUUUCUCAAACGUCGACAAUGGCAGAUCCCGACGAUAUUGUUCAUGCUAAUACAAAUGAUGGUCAGUCCAUGUUGGGUUUUUCUCUAACAUCCCCAGACUUGGUUAUCUGUGCCGGUUCGCCUGAUAUUCCCAGCAGAAGCUAUGUGGAGUCGCCUCAGUUCUUGAAAGGUGGUUCAAUUGAACUUUCUCUAGAAAAUGGCAUCAAUGGGCCUGAAAUGGAGGGUAGUCAUGAAACCCCAGCUGCUGCAAUUUUUCCAGCAUCUUGGAAAUCGAGGGAGGACAAUGCCGAUGAGAAUCCAGAAGCUUCUUUGGUGCUUCUUCCAUUGCCAGUGAUCGAAGACAAGAUUUUGAACAAAUCGCUCCCAGUAAUAAGUAUUAAUUCAGGCUCAUUGGAUCGCACAACGAUUUUGGGUAGGACUAAAUUUCUAGAGGACAGUUGUUUUAAUGGUGGUGAUACUAUAAGGACUGAUACUAAAAUUGGGGAUGGAGGACUUGGUCUUUACCAAACUGCAAGAUUUGGCAACUUUUCAUAUCAGCUCAAGACAAUGGAGAGCGGAAAUUACAUCGUUGAUCUGCACCUUGCAGAGAUUGUGUUCACCGAUGGCCCUCCUGGGAUGAGAGUGUUCGAUGUUUACAUACAAGAGCAGAAGGCUGUUUCUUGCGUGGACAUUUUUGCGCGUGUUGGUGCAAAUAAACCCCUAGUUAUAGGUGAUCUGAAAGCUUUUGUUAGUGGUGAUGAUUGUCUAUCCAUUAGAUUUGAAGGAGUGACUGGAAGCCCUAUUGUAUGUGGCAUUUCUGUGAGGAAAGAUAUGUCUGCAAGUUUUGGGGAAGUUGAAUUGCUCAAAGCGAUAUCCAUGUCGCAAUUACCCGAAUGUGUGCCAUCAAAAGAUAGUGGGGUGUGUGAAGCGGGAGGAGAAUUUCAAAAGCUUCAAAUAGAGUUUGAGUGCCAGAAAAAGGAACUAACUGAAACAAGGAGGGUCCUAGAGAAGCUUAAGAGUGAGAAUGAAUGUAAGAGCAGAGAAUGCCAAGAAGCAUGGAAAUCUUUGCAGGACCUCCAAAAUGAGCUCAUGCGCAAGUCGAUGCAUGUUGGUUCGUUGGCCUUUGCAAUUGAGGGACAAGUGAAAGAGAAGAGCAGAUGGUUUUCAUCCUUGAGAGAUCUGAAAAGAAAAAUGAAGCUUUUGAAAAUGGAUCAAAUCAAGCUAUCAGAGGAGGCAUUGUCAUAUAAGAGGUGCUUGGUUGAUAUGAAUGACAUGAGCUCUAUCAUUCAGUCCAAAGUUAAUCAGCAAGUAGAAUUACACGAAGAUCUUAAAAUAAAAUUUAUCAAAGGGGCCAAGGAACGGAAAGAACUUUACAACAAGAUUCUGGAGUUGAAAGGAAAGAUUAGGGUCUUUUGCCGUUGUAGGCCUUUGAACACUGAAGAGAUUGCCUCAGGAGCUUCAAUGGCAAUUGAUUUUGAAGCUGCGAAAGAUGGUGAGCUAACAGUAAAAUCAAAUGGUGCACCAAAAAAGACCUUCAAGUUUGAUGCCAUUUUUGGCCCCCAAUCAAACCAAGUUGAUGUUUUUGAGGAUACAGCUCCAUUUGCAAGCUCAGUCCUAGAUGGAUACAAUGUGUGUAUAUUUGCUUAUGGGCAAACAGGCACGGGGAAAACAUUUACAAUGGAGGGCACAAAUGAAGCCCGUGGAGUCAACUUUAGGACUCUUGAGGAGUUGUUUCGAACCAUAAAUGAGCGUAAGGGGCAGAUCAAAUAUGAAAUAUCGGUUAGUGUUCUUGAGGUUUAUAAUGAGCAGAUACGAGAUUUGCUAGUACCAGGAACUCAGCCAGGCCCAGCAGUAACUGCAAAAAGGCUUGAAAUAAGGCAAGUGGGUGAAGGAAUACAUCAUGUCCCAGGACUGGUUGAAGCUCAGGUGAGUAACAUGAGUGAGGUCUGGGAAGUUCUACAGACUGGUAGCAAUGCAAGGGCAGUUGGAUCAACUAAUGCUAAUGAGCACAGUAGCCGAUCUCAUUGCAUACACUGUGUGAUGGUGAAGGGGGAGAAUUUACUGGAUGGAGAAUGCACAAGAAGCAAGCUUUGGCUGGUCGAUCUAGCGGGAAGCGAGCGAGUAGCCAAGACUGAAGUACAAGGUGAAAGACUAAAAGAAACCCAAAAUAUUAACAGAUCUCUCUCUGCACUUGGAGAUGUCAUAUCUUCUCUUGCAACUAAGAGCCCACACAUCCCUUUUAGGAACUCCAAGCUCACUCACUUGCUUCAAGACUCUCUAGGAGGAGAUUCAAAGACACUGAUGUUUGUACAGAUUAGUCCCAAUGAGAAUGACCUGAGUGAGACUCUUUGCUCACUCAACUUUGCAAGCAGAGUGAGAGGAAUAGAGCUGGGUCCUGCAAAGAAGCAAUUAGACAGCACUGAACUCAUAAAAUACAAACAAUUGGUUGAAAAGACCAAGAUAGAGUUGAAGAGUAAAGAUGUGCAGAUUAAGAAGAUGGAGGACACCAUUCAUGGUUUGGAUGUCAAGAUGAAAGAAAAAGACCUGAAAAACAAGAACUUGCAGGACAAGAUUAAGGAAUUGGAAUCGCAACUCCUGAUUGAGAGAAGGCUAGCACGACAACAUGUUGACUCAAAACUAGCAGAACAGCAACAGCAACAACAACAACAAUUGAUGAGGCAACAGCAAGAAGAUCAGAAUUCUGGAUUUACGAGGCCGCCACUGGCGACUAGACCGCUAGGCAUUCACAAAAAUUUCAAUGAAGGCAAAGAACACGUAAAUCAAACUAGACCACUUACUGAGAACAACAAUAGCUACAAAGUUCAAUCACCCCCUCCCCCGACAGAGAGCUUUGUCAAGCACAACGAUCCCACGGAGAAAGAAAAUAAUCCCGAGAUUUCAGAACCACUGCCAAUCCCAAAGCGGACUGGCAGAGCUUCUCUAUGCCCAAUAGCACAAAGAUUUCCAGCAGCUCCAGCUCCACGGCGCAACUCUCUGAUUCCUUUACCCAGUGCACCAGGCUCAGUCAAGUUCACACAACCAUUGUUGCUACCGUUGCAACCAAUCCUCCAAACCAAUAGAGAAGAAGAGUCGGAUGGGGCUGAAGCCAAAAGAGCAGUUCCUGAACCGACACCUUGGGAUAGUCCUAAAGAAUAUAAGAGUGGAGGAAAGAAGCUGAGCAGUGUCUUGAGACGGAGCCUUCAAAAGAGAAUUCAAAUGAGGUCCCCGAUGCAACAACACAUGAGAAGAGGUGGUAUAAACGUGGGGAUGGAAAAAGUUAGAGUUUCUAUUGGAAGUCGAGGGAGGGCAGCUCAUAGAGUACUGCUGGGCAGUGGUAGACGGACAACAACGAAAGAUGUUCAGCAGAAGCAAAGCCAGAGGGAAAAGGAGAAAGGAUGGAAUAUUGGAACAGCGGGCAGAACAGUCGUCUGAAUUUGAACUAACAGUGGAUCAGCAGAGAUGAAAAAAAAUGUAUUAAUUUUUUAGGAUGAUGCUAAUCAUCAUCCGUUUGAGGUCUUGUACCUGUUAACUAUUGGUUUGAUUAUUGUAUAUAUCACUAAAUUAAUUGAUGAUUUGGUAUGAAGGAG